AUGUGCCAGCAAACGCGCGUGGAGGCAGUCAUCCCGUAUUGGCUCGCGUGGAUGGAGGCGUUCCCCACGGUGCAGGCGCUCGCCGAGGCGACCGAGGAGCAGGUCAACGCCAGGUGGGCAGGGCUGGGUUUCUACCGCCGCGCGCGCAUGCUCCACAACGGCAGCAAGCAGGUGCUGGGCGAGUUCCGCGGGGAGCUGCCCCGCACCCUCGAGGAGCUCCGGAGCCUGAGGGGCGUGGGCCCCUACACCGCCGGAGCCCGUCGCCUCCAUCUGCUUCGGGGAGCCGGCGCCCAUCGUGGACGGCAACGUCCUGCGCGUGCUCGCCCGGCUGUGCGCCGUCGCUGCGCACCCGCAGCAGCCGGCCUUCUGCGCCGAGGGCAGGUUGGCGUGGCAGCUGGCCGAGAAGCUCGUCAAGGCGGACGGCGGCGCCCACGCGGGGGAGCUGAACCAGGCGAUCAUGGAGCUGGGCGCGACGCUGUGCGCGCCGAGCGGCACCGGGGCGGACCCGCGCGACCCCCUGGGGCCGUUCUACAAGUCCACCAAAUCGGCGCCGACGCCCUGCAGGCCCGGAGGGACGGGGCGCUCGAGGCGCUGCUGGGCGCCGCGGGCCACGGGGUCUUCUCCUGCCCCCGUGCGCCGCCGGGGCGGGGGCCUACCUGGAGGGGCUGCGCGCGGCGGGCACCGAGGAGAGGCCGCCGCCGCCCAGGCGCACCUGCUCCUGCCGCUGCCGCCGCCCCGGAAGGCCCGGCGCGAGGAUCGCGGCUGGUGGUGCUCGCGCUCCGCCGGGAGCCCGUGCCGGGAGAGCAGGGCCCCGCGUGGCUGCUCUGGCGGCGGGCGGGGGCCGGGCUGCUGGCGGGGCAGUGGGAGUUCCCCUGCGCCCUUGUGGCGCAGCACCUGGGCGCGCCACCCGAGGAUCGGGACCCGGGCCCCGAGGCCCGGGGCGCCGCGGCGAGUGCGCUGCUGCGCGAGCUGGGCGCGGAGGAGGGCCUCUCCGGCCGGGAGUCGCUGCCAGGGCCCCUGGAGCACGUCUUCUCGCACGUGCGGCGCUCGGAGGAGGAAAAGCGGGCGCUGGUCCCCGAGGGCGCGGCCCUGGCGGCGAGCGGCGCGGGGGCGGAGUUCCGCCGCGGGGAGCGGCGGCUCUGCUGGAUGAUGGGCGUGGGCCACAUGGCCGACGUGGGCGUGACUGCCGCCGUCAGGAAGGUGCUGGGCGAGGUGGCCUCGCGCCUCGGGCCCGAGGCCGCCUCCGCCGAGACCCCGCCGGGCAGGAAGCGGCGGCGAGCGGCCGUCGCAGGCGGCGCCAGGCCCAAGCGCUCCGCGCCGGGGGGGGUGCGGGGCGCGGGCGAGGGCAAGGGCGAGAGGCAGCAGCAGCUCAGCUUCACCAAGCCCCUCCGGGCGUGCGCGGAUGCUGGUGGGUGCAUCGACGUGGACUCGGGGGACGCGGCCGAAUGA